GUAACCAGCCCUGUCCCGGGGACGGGGCGCCGCCGGUGGGACGGGGCUGCCCCCCACCCCGGCCGGCGGGACAAGACUGCGGCGGAACCGUGGUGCCGAGGUGUAGAGCCAUAGCACUGCAAACAUGUCAAUUGGAGUGCCAAUUAAAGUCCUGCACGAGGCUGAAGGCCAUAUUGUGACAUGCGAGACCAAUACAGGAGAAGUUUACCGAGGCAAACUUAUUGAAGCUGAAGACAACAUGAAUUGUCAGAUGUCCAACAUAACGGUGACAUAUAGAGAUGGACGAGUGGCACAGCUUGAACAGGUGUACAUCAGAGGUAGCAAGAUACGGUUUCUCAUUUUACCAGAUAUGUUGAAGAACGCUCCUAUGCUAAAGAGCAUGAAGAAUAAAAACCAGGGUUCUGGAGCUGGGCGAGGAAAAGCAGCUAUUCUCAAAGCUCAAGUGGCUGCAAGAGGAAGAGGCCGUGGUAUGGGCCGUGGCAAUAUUUUCCAGAAGCGAAGAUAAUUUUGGUCUUGACCGACGUGCUUUUUUUUCAAUUAGGGGUUAUUAACUUGACUACAUGCGCAUUGGUAUCAGUUUUGUUUAAUAAAUGUUUCUGACAAAAACUUGUCUGCUCUUACAUGACAGGACUCCUCUUGGGCAAAUACAUUGUAGGUUGAUUUCAAACUUAAAACAGCUUUGUCUGGAAAAUAGUGAACUUUAUAUCUAGAUUUGACUACUUUGUAUUUGUGUGAUACAUUGACUUUUAAAGAUCAUCACGUUUCCUUUUUCUUGUUUAGUCCUGUUGUCAUUCAUUCUCUAAAGAUUAGAAGGCAUUCUUGAUGAAGAACUUUGAAAUAGUAUGUUUUAAAGUCAUAUUAGCAGCUGCAUUUGUGGAAAAUACAGUGAAACAGAGGCAGCUUCCUGAGAAGCAAAGCACUAUGUUUUUUUGCUUUAUAUGGACCUACAAUAGAUAGAGGUCCAUCUUCAGAUCUGUACAUUGAGCUUGUAUUCUUGCGUUUCUUACUGUUCUCUUUGGAUAGGGGGAGAAUUUUUCAUUAGGAUCACACAACUUUGAUAGCCUGAGUCUAUAUUUGCAGUGAAAAAUUCUAUUCUAACUCUUAGUAGUUCUUCCCUCUGCCUGGGAGAAGGAAGACAGAAUAUAAAAUAGACAUUUUCAAGGAUAAAUUUGAAGUGUUUUGUAAAUUUGAAAGGUAGUGCAGGUAUAUGGGGAAAGUCUUAUAAAUGGUUAUCCCUUAAAUAUAACUUAAUACAAAUGCUAAUCUUUUGAACAAAACUUAGGAUCAACUUUAGCUUUUGGUCUUGAUCUCUAUCACUCUGUAGAGACGCUAUCAGCUCAUCUGCAGGAAGCCAAAUGUAGUUGUAACUUUAGUUUAUUUUGCUAAAAGUAUAGUGUGGUUGUUCUUACUGACUUAAAUGGUUGUAAUGUUUAAAUGUAACACUUCUGAACCUAAUCACAAACUUGCAUACAAUCAAUUAUCAGUCUGUACAUGUACAAAAUAGCUAGCCUUGGUUUUUCUGCUUUGAUGCUGUGAAGACUCUCCCUUGUGUGCAGACAUGGAAGGUGAAUUAAUGUAUUAAUUUGUUGAAUUGUCUGUAAAUAAAGCUGUAUUUGGUCUCGCA